GGCUUGAAAUACCCCGCCCUGGCGCCCGAAAGUAACCGUCUCAAGUUCUCAACUGACAGCGCCUUGCCUCUCCUCUCCUCAGCGUCGCCGGAGCGCUCAUCACCCCGGCCCACCUCUCCCUCUCCACCGCCCCUGCUCUCUCCAGCGGCGCCACAGCCCCUGCUCUCUCCAGCGGCGCCAGCGGCGGCGACCGAUGGACCAGUUCCACGACGGGCACCACGUGUGGCUGCGGAGCCGCGCGCUCGGCACCUACCUCCACGCUGACGACGACGGGCAGGGCGUCUCCCUCCGCGAGAGCCGCGCGUCGCUGAACGCGGCGUGGGCGGUGCAGCAGCUCCACCACCGCUACGACCUGUACCUGCUCCUCCGCAGCGCCGCCUACGGCCGCUACCUCGCCGCCACCAACACGCGGCCGCCGCUCGGCCACCCCGGCUUCCGCGUCGCGCAGCGCAGCUACGCCUUUCUGGAGGUGGGCCCCAUCAUGUGGCAGGCCUUCGGGGCCGGCCCCGGGAAUGACGGCGUCCUGCUCCGCGACGUCGACGGCCGCUACCUCCGGGCUAACGGGAAGCACAUCCCCUGGAACCACGGCGCCAGUGUCGACGAGUUCGACCACGUAAGCAACAUGAGGCACUGGAUCGUGGAGCCCAUACCCGCCAGGCAGAGCAUGCCUGUCCUUCCAGCUACGAUCAGGGCCAGCUUCCUCGAAAACCUCUCCAUGGUCAUGUUCGGGCGCGUGGUGGCAGCCGCAGACCGCAGACGCAGGCGGCUUGUUCGGUUCGUGCGGGCGGCCAACGACGGCGCCUACACCGAGGAGGGCUGGUCCGCGUUCCAGUUCACGGGGAGGUCCGUGCAGCACCUGAGGUACCAGUUGGCCAACCACGUCCAGUCCUACAACUUCAUCAUGUGCGUCAGAGCGGGCCUCUACGGGACGCUGACCCCACUCGUCGUCGACCUGCCCAGCGGCCGCAAUGGCGACAUCAUCGAGAUCGUGCUGUUCAGGAACGGGACACCAGGCGCCAAUGCGCUGCGACACCCGGAUGUCGAUGCAGAGUAGAGAAAGACCAGAGCAGGAGUCCUGACAGUUCGCCUCUUCAGAUGUUUUGCUGCCUCGGACAUGACGACAACAGAUCUGGACGCCUACUAGUGCAUAUAGAUAGAUAGAUAGAUAUAGGUUCAGAAAAC